AAAGGGAAGCGGGAGCGCGUCGGUAGCGCUUGCACAUUAUGGUGGCUUUGGCGAGCGCACACACAGGGAGGGAGCAAAGUUUUUUUUUUGUAGGGCGAUUUUUCUGACGACGAAUGUUAGAAUGCUCGGUGGAGGGAUGGAAUAAUUUGUGAAAGAUUUACGAUUUUUUAGCGUCUUCCCGAAAUUAAACGCCCCUUGAAGAUGGUGUGAAAAGAUUGCCCAAAGAAGGAAAAAAUUGCUUCAAUGUAGAAGAGAGUAAAGAAAAGGAAGAAAUCGGUCGAAAGGGGCAUCCAGCGCUUUGUGUGUGUGUGUGUGUGUAGGGGGGGAUGGAGGAAGCGGGUGCAAAACGGAUCGAUGCGCGUGCCAGCAGCAGAGGGUAGAGAAAAGGGUCUAGGGAGGAGGCAGGGUGCGUAGGAUCCUGGAGGAGGGCAAUCGUCAAAUUAGCAAAUAGCCCGCCCCGUCCUCUAAUUAUGGUCGUAAAGCAAUAAAACGUCGUAAAUCUGUUCGCUCGAAGUUAAGGACAUUCCAUGUUGCUUUUGGAAAAUCAAUUGGCGGCUAGUAAUGUUUUUAGAGGCACUGCUAGUAAUGGGAAAGAAAAGAAAAAGAAACACGCACGCAAGACAGCAGAAGAAUGAGAACGAGAGAGAGAGCGAGAAAGGAAUCGUGGAGAACGAGCGGGAGCGUGCGCGCGCGCGAAAGAGAGCAGAAUAGUGUGUGUGCGUGUGUUUUUUUCUGAGAGGCAGCCGUUGUUUUAUGUGAAGGCAGCCGUGGUGAGAAAAAAAAGUAAGGGCAGUUGUAUUGUAGUGUGCGUGUAGGUACGCGUGUUUUGUUAGCGGAAAAUGUGGCAGUUGAGAUAGAACAUUCGUCUCUCUCUCUCUGUUCCCUGCAUGGGGAUAGGAUACGCGGUGUUGCUGUGUGUGUAUGCGUUCGAUUUGGAACAAUAGGUUUUCCUGCUUGUGCUCUCGCUCGCUCGCUCUCUCUCUAUGCUGAAGGCGUUUUUGGGAGUUAUGUGUGUUGGCUUUAGUGUUUAUUUUUAUUAUUAUUUUUUAGUACUACACCUUUAAAAAGAGGUAGUUUUUGUAUUGUAAAAAUACAAAAUUUCAUUUUAAAAUGUUAUUGUGGGAAAUGCUUCAAAUGUUUGUGGCAUUGUAAAACAAAAAGGGAUUAUUAGAGAGAGGGAUAGAGUGAAAGUAAGAGCGAGCUAGCGUUAUUUAGCGUUUUGUGUAGUGGUGUGCUACGAUGACGACGUGUUCACGCUCGUCGCGCAACGUUAUGCCAUCAUCACAGACAGUCGCUAAGGUUGUGUGUGUGUGCGUGUGUGUGUGAGGGAACGCGUCGCCCGUUAGCCAGUGCGUCAGUGUGUGCAAUUUGUUUCCCACCGUUUCGAAGUGUGUGCGCGUGUUUUCAUUCUCGUGCGCGCUCUCUCCGGAUGGUGGAAAGAAGAAAUAAUUGAAAAGUUUCAUUCGUUUGUUGUUGUUCUCUUGUUCUUGCUGGUGUCAUGCACAGGUCUCGUAUAGUGUGAACGCAGGGGGAGGAAAGCGGAGAGCAGCGGAAGCAAGCGAAGUGGUGGAAUAAAUUGUUUGAAACAAAAGAAAAGAAAGCGUCGUGUACAAGCGCGAGCAAAAGCAGCAGCAACUAAUGCGAGAAAAGAAUAGAAGAAAGUGAAUGAAUUGAGCAUGUGUGUGUGUGUAAGUGGCAGUGGAUGAAAAGUGGCAGAAUUCUUCUCUGCUCAAUAAGGAAAUUGAACUAAAAUUUGUGAAAAGCGCUCCAAGUUGUGGGAAGUGAGAAAGAGGUUCCCUUGCGGUCGCUGCGGUAGUGAAGAUUGGUUCAAGAUUUGCCGGAAACGAAUUCACCCAAAACCAGUGUUUAGCAAUGUGUGUCCUCUCUGUGUGCACCGUCAUGAAACGGUAGAGCGAGAGUGAGUGUGUGUGUGAGAGAAAACAAAAGGAAGAGGAGCGUGGGGUCCCCCCAAACACAAGCGCUUUCAAUUGUUCAGUAGCGGCGGCAAUAGAAAAAGAAAAAAAAACAGUGGGAGCGCACUCGCGCCUGUGUGUGUGUGUCGAUGGCGGCGAUUCCGCGGCUCAUUUCUGCGUUCUAGUUUGGGGGUUUUCUUCCCCCCACCCGCCCGCGCCACCCACUGGUGAAAAACAAAGUCACGGGAAAGCCCAACCCAAAGGCAGCACCGCCGUGUAGCACAUACCCGUUUGGAGCAGACGCCCACCUGGAAGGGAGCGGAGCGGAGUGAUCGUUUGCCUGUGUGUGUGUGCUGUGCUGUGCUGUGUGGCCUGGAGCAGGAGGACACCUUCCCCUCCACCCGCCUGCUGCACAAUUUUCUUUCUUUUCUGUCGGUCCCGUCUCCAACGCGAAACAGCACUGGGCAAAUGUUCUGCGGUCGCCGUCGACGGUGUCUCACUACUACCACCAACACCAUCAUCACCACUACCACCACCACCAAGAUUGCUACUUCGCUGAAAAGUGCAUCCCACAAUGGAAUGCGAUGUGUCGCCCGUUCCAUCGGUACAGGCGAACCGUACGGCGAAGCAGCAGCCCCAACACAUUGCCACGGCGACGGUGCUAGUAACGGCUGGACCGGUAGCAGCAAAAAGCAGCGCCACUAACAAUGGCAGCAGUAGUAACAGCAGCAGCAGCAGCAGUAGUACCGCAUCGUCAGCUACUCUCAUCACCACCAGCACCACCACUACCAGUACGGGUACAGCGGCGGGGAGCAGUGACACAGUCGCCUCCACCGUCGAUGAAGCGAUGGCAGAAGAGCCCUCCGCCAUGGAACCGACGACGACGAUGGCGACGGCGCCGGCGACGACGGUGGAAGACGACGAUGACGCGACACCUUCCUCAUCGAUGGCGGCGGGUGUCGGGGCGCCGGAAGGUGGCGACUCGAGCGUCAAGCAAAGUAUCAGCAGCAAUAACAGUAACAAUAAUAGCAGCAACAAAAGCCUCAACAUUGCCGGCAGUGAGACGGCGGGCGGCGGGCCGCUACUCCUUCCCCCGGAUCCGGUGGCGGUGAUCGAAAUCAGCGACCAGAGUAUGGCGGACGACAUCAGCUACCCGGAGCUGGUGUCGUGCGUCGACACGGAAACGGCCUGCGUGGUGCUGUCGGACGAGUACGACUCGUCGCUUCCGCUGCGCGAAGACGAUCCGCUGAACGUGUCCGUCGGUUCGAUCGACAUGAUGUUACCCUCUUCGCCGCAGUGCAGCACGCCGGUGUUUGCUGGGGCGGAGUUGAGUUCCCCCCGGCAGGGGAGGAUAGGGACGCCGGUAGGCAAUGCGAGUGUCAGUACCAGCACUACAGGCACCGCCAGUACCACCAGCACCCCGAAGCACAAUCAUCAUCUGCGGCGGAAUCUUCCGAGGCUGGCGACUAGCCGGCAGCAGCAGCAGCAGGCGAACGCCGUCAAGCAGCUGCCCCAAUCCGGCCCGGGCAGUCGGGGCGGUGUGGCGACGGAAAAGCGACAGCUACGGCAGGCGGCAGCGCAGGACGCGGGCCGCAACAGUGGCGGUGCGGCAUCGACGAUGCGCGAGGUGCUCGCCUCGAUACCGGGGUUCAGCAUCAAGCCGCGAAGGCGCACGAACAAAAAGCUGUCGACCGCUGCCCAGCUCGAGCAGACGCGCGAGGGCUGCGUGGAUCUGGAGACGCCCGACUCGAUACUGGUGCACACGAACCUGCGCGCCCUGCUAAACCGGGACACGUUUCAGCUCCUUCCGCCGCUGUACCAGUACAAGCUGGUGCAGCUGCUACCGCCGGUCGACCGGCCACCGCUGCCGGAGGCGACGCAGUGCGAGCAGAACGGCAUCCGGCUGAACCCGUCCGGGCUGAACAACGAGUUCUUUGCGCGCGCCUGCCACGAGUGGCGCGACCGGCUGGCGGAGGGCGAGUUUACGCCCGAGGCACAGCUGAAGAUGCGCUCGGAGGCGGAGCGCGAGAAGAGCAAGCUCGAUCCGUGGAAGCUGAAACACUUCGAGCCGAUGUGGGGCGACCGCAAGUACGCCGGGUCGUUCUUUGGGGCGGCAGGCACGGUGGCUAAUCCAACGCCACCGACUCCACCACCACCACCGGAGCCGGCGAUAGCCGUCACAACAGCGAUGGCUGUCUCCGUCGCACCGGUCGUCCUGUCGCCCGCGCUACAAUCACCACCGGCAGUGCAGGUGGUUGCACCCGCGACACAAUCCAUUCCGGCGACGGCACAUACUCCGUUGAUCGGUGCGAAUAGUAGUAGUAGCAGCACCCUACCACCGUCCGUUUCUAUCCUCCCGGUGUCGAAGGGAGUGGUCAGUGGGCAUGCUACGAUCGUGAACGUCGCGGCAAGGCAAACGGUCCAACCACCAACGGUAGCGAUUGCACCGCAACUAACGCCCCGGGUGCAUCCCGUCACGGCCAAGAUCGAUCCGAGCGCGCGAUCGCUGUCCAAGAUGCAGCCGAUCACAUUCUCCACGGCAGCGAGCGUUGUUAGGCCGACGAACGCGGCCAGCGGUACGUGCAGCAGCAUUAGCAGUAACACAAUCAUCACAUCCUCCACCGGCACCAUCAUUCUACCCUCGCGGACGACAAUAACAGUCACUUCCGGCAGCGCGUCUAAAGGCAGCGGCAGUGGCGGCAGCAUUCCAAGAGGUGGAAGCACCGGCGGUGGAGGUUCAUCCGCCGGAGCGAGCGGGCUCUCGGUGGUUCCGAUUAAUGUCCUUACGUGCAGUAGCAGUAGUAGCGGCAGCAGUAGUAGUAGUAGUAGCAGUAACACUGUAAAUACAGCCCGACCCGCACUAAAGACAACGAUAAAGUUGCGUCCCACGACGGCCAUCGCCACGAGCACAACGGCGGCGGCGGCCGCGGCACCAACAGCUGGCAAGGAAAGCAAACACAACCAUCCACCGUACUCCGUCGUCGGUUCAGCGCCGAAUGCUGCGUCGGUCAUGGUCGGAGGGGCAGGCGGCACUAAGCGCCUGCUGCCCACGGCUAUGAGCGUUAGUAGUAGCAGCGGCAGUACCACAAUCAGUAGUAGCACCAAUGCCGUGAAUCUGGCCGGUGCGUCAACCGCCAUGAAGCCGCAAAGCAACAGUCCCGCCGGCUCAUCCUUGCCGAUGUCUCCGAAGCGGCUGCGAACGGUCGGUGCCGUGACACGGUCGGCUUUGGCCGGAACGGGCACACAGCAGCUGCCGCCAGCGCAGCACAAUCCACUCCCAACAACCACCACGGGUAUGGCGGCUGCCGGGUCGACCAUUACGCUCGGUUCUCGGCCGGUCGUCGUGAAGGUGGUUGAACCGUACCGUCCGUCUGCGAUGGUGCGUGCGGUGCCGGUUGAACCGGUGAUCACUAGCGGAGGAGCAAGCUCCAACCUAAAGCGAACCCACAGCAGCAGCAGUAGCAGCAAUCGCGCGUUGACGCCCGAGCUAAGCAGCAGUAAGAUGACGAAGCGGAAAACGGACGAUGAGGGUGGUGGUUUGCAGCAGCAGAUCAACAGUAGCACCGGAAGCUUUACCGCCGGCAGCUUGUUGCAGCACGGCAAUCCGCGUCGAAUGGUGGCUGUCGUGACGGCGAGUAGCGCCAUGGCGGACGGUAGCAACAUCAGCAGUAGCAGCAGUAGCAGUAGCAACAGCAGCAGCAAUGCUGCAAUGUAUAUAAGCAGUAAUAAUAGUAGUAUGAAUCGCCUUAUCACCGCCACCAGCAGCACAACUAUGCCGGCCACUUCCACUGACGGCGUAAGGAGUAGCAGCAGCAGCAGCAGCGGCAGCGGCAAGAGAAGCAACAGCAGUAGCACUGUCGGUGGCAAUAGCAAUAGCAAUAGUAGUAGGAUAAAUGUUAGCUGUAGUAGCACCAUUAACUCGGAGGGAUUAGUAAUGAUCAAUCCGACCUCCAUUGCCACCACAACCACGGCCGGGCCCGGGAUCUUGCUACAGGCCGGUGCGAAGGCUCGAAGACAAGUAGAAUGUGAUACGCGAACGGUGGCCUCGAUGGCGACCGCACCGAUCGAUCAACGGCGAAUGGUGCUGAUUGAGGGCGGCGCGAGCGAGAAGCGCCGCCGAGGGCUACAAAGCGAACCGCCGGUGGCGACCGUCAUCGGCUCGGCUAAGCGAAGAGCACCGCGGCAAGGGAACCGUGCGAACAGAGGCCGACACAGCGAGGGUUUGCUAGCUGCCCGGGGGACAACGGCUCCACCGACCACAACGAUCACGAUAGUGGACGAUGAGGAGGCGGAUGGCGGCAGCGUUGGUUCCCCUUCGCUGCUGGUCGGUCGCUCAGAGCCGGAAGGAGAGGAAAGCCACGAGGUGGACGAGAGUGACGAGAAUCGCGAGGUGCUACGAAGACGCAUCGUAGGACCGAUGGUAAAUGGCGACUUCGGUGAGGGAGCUCGAAUAGGACGCGCUGGCGCUGCUUCCUCACCGCCGCUCGUUCCCUCUUCGGACAUCAUUCUCGAGGAAGCGAUCGACUGUGGAGAUGUUGGCGAUGGUGGCGGAAUGCCGGGCAGUACCCGGUAUAUUGGUGGGGGACGGUUGAAAAGAUCGGAUCAUGGCGGCGAAGAGCUAGUGGAGACGAACACCACCUCACCGAUCUUGCAGGAAACCAUCGAGCAGGCGAAUCGCGAGCGGUUGAUGGAUAUGAAUCAUCUCGCCUCGCUUAACGCUAGCGGUGGCGGCGGCACGACACAGAUGAUUUACGAUCAAAACACGGGCCAGGUGUACAGUGUGAUGUGCUUACCGCAGCCGACAAAUUCUGCCCUCGGAGGUAGUGCACUAAAUCUUCGCUCCCUGCCCUCCUCGUUGACUGUAACGGCUUUACCGCAGCAGCAACAACAGCAGCAGCAGCCACACCAUCCAUCUCAGCAACCGCAACUGUCCAUUUCGAACGAUAGCAGUAAUAGUAGCAGCGUCUCGACCACCGCCAUGAUGGCAGCGAGUGACAAUCAUCUGGAUGGCGGCGGAGGUGCAGGAGGGCCGGGAACGACGGCCACCUCCGUUACGGGCAUCAGUACGUUCGAGAACGUACUGCGCCACCACGUGGGGCAGGGUGGAAAUGUCGACUCUGACCUGCUGAUCGUUAAUCCGAGCAAUAUGAUGUCCAAUGUCGAGUUGAAAGUGUCAGAAGAGCUGGAUGACGUUGGUGCAGUGAUGGCGGCAAGGGGAGACAUCGGACGGACUGAAGGGGACGACGAGGAGGAAGACGAGGAAGAAGAGGACGAUGAAGGUGAUGGGGAGCUGGUUCACACCACCACCACAACCACGAACACUGCCGACGAAGAGGAGGAAGAGGACGAGGAGGAUGAGGAAGAGGAUGUGGACGAAGUGGAGGAAGUAGAGGCUGAGGUGGAGGAGCAGGACGAGGAGGAGGACCCGGAUGCGAUGAUGCUCCGGCAAGGGUUGCAGCAAAUGCACGGAGGCUUGGAGGAGAGUUACGAGGAUGAGGAAAACAACGCUCCCACCGGGUGUUUCAAUGGUGAACUGAUUAGGACCAGCACCAGCACCGCCACUUCCGGCAAUAAGUUAAGUAGUUACGGUCAACCGAAUCUUCAACAUCUGCACCUGCAGCAACAGCAGCAGCAACAGCACCAUCCCAAUAAUCAUCUUCAUGCGUCGCACCAUCGGCAGGCAGCGAUGGCUGCUGGUGUCAUGAACAUGAACAUGAAUCUGACGGGCUUUCAUCACGAUCACGAGCUGCUGCAUCAGCAGCAACAGCAGCAGUUGCAGCAGUUGCGAAAUGCGACGGCCGGCACCAUCACCAGCUCACCUUCAGCUUCGUCGGACCAGGGGCUGAUGAUGAUGGUGACGACGAGUGCUGGCGAUGAAGCUGGCGACGGUGGUCCAUCCUCAAACAGCGGCGAUGUAAUGGUGAUGGCGAACAACUACUGUGAUAAUCUGUCUGCCGCCGAUGAAGCUGACGGCGAGGAUGAGGAGGAAGAAGAGGAGGAACAGUACGGGCAGCAGCGGGAUGGCCAUGAUCGUAUGUUGCUGGCUGUGGGCGAUGACGCUGGAUUGGAGGAGCAAGCAAUCGAUACGAUCGUGGAUCAGUACGGCAAUCAAUUGCAUCCGUCGGGCAUGAACCAUCUGAAUCACCAUGACGACGGCGUUAUGCACCAUCACCUUCAGCAAGGGUCGGAAGGGGAGGACGAGGAGGAGGAGGAUGUAGAGGAAGCCAGCUUCGUUCUCGAUCAGAUGCAGCAGCUGCAGCAACAGUUUCAGAACCAACAUCCGCAGCAACAGCACCAUCACCACCAGGGACUACUGCAGAACCACCAGCAGUUGGUGACGUCUUCCGAUGGAACGCAGGUGCAUCUGUAUCCCGGUGCGGGAGGCAUGCUGCUGGACGGUGAUGGACUGGAUGGCGGCGCUAGCUGUGAAGGUGUGGAAGAAGAUCAGCCACAUCACUACCAGCAGCAGCAACUGCUGUUGAAGGAGGAGAAGAUGGAAGAUGAUCAGCAGUUGCAGCAACAGCAGCAUCUGCAUCACCAGCAAGUAUCAUCCGAUGGGCAGCACCACAUUCAGCAUCAGCAGCAGUAUACGAACAGUCAACAUAAUCAGCUGAUGGACAAGUAUAUCGACGAGAUGGACGGUGGUGCGAAUGACGCUGCCGGUUCUGCUGGUGCAUACGUUCUCGAUCCGAGCAGUGGCGAAGUGAUCAGAACAGAAAUUGUGGAACACAAUCACGAUCAAGCAGCGAUCACGUUGGAACAAAUGCGAAAUGAACAACAGGAUGGCUUAUUCGAGGGUGGCGAAACGUCAUCCAUGUUAGUUGAAGACGACGAAAACCAGUGUGUCCACGAGCUCGGUCCGAUCGUCGAAGUCGGGGAGGAUGCUGCUCAGCAACGAGUGGACGAAUCUGAUGACGAUGGCAAAGCAGUGAGUAGCGAUGAACGAGAACGGCAAACAAUGGAUCUGGCGAACGAGAGCUUAGACGAGAACGACGAUGAAGGCGAGGGCGGCGACCACGAGGGUGUCUCCAAACAACGAACCAACGUUUAUCAGCACGAUAUGGGUGCGUUGGUGGCAACGGUAUCUGGCGCUUUGAAUGUAACGACACCGGCGCCGAUCGUUAGCUCAUUUUCACCCUCGAUCACCAACAUGCCCGUGCUGGCGGCGAAACGGACCACCAUUCUGGUGGUGGAAGACUGUAUCGCAACGAAUGGGCUGCAUGCGUCGUACGAGCCGGCACGAUUCUCCCGGAGACGCUCACUGAACGGUGUAGAGAGUGUGCUGUCGUCCUCGUUAGGGAAACGGUGUGGCAACGAACUGUUUCUCGGUGGAAGCUCCUACAUACCGGCAGUAAAGGAUCAGCACGCUGGCAAUGAACAGAAGGCUGGUGGUGGCAGUCACACUGAUCGUGUCGAGGAAGUGCUUACAGUAGCACCCUCAUCCGCCGCCGGUGGUGAUUGGCCGCAGUUCAAAAUGAAGAUGAUGGAUUCAACGAAAAUGAUGGUGGUAGAUCAUCACCAACUCGUCGAUGGCAAUAACAGUAUUAUCAUUUCGCCGAUGGGUACGCCCGGAACGACCACGAUGGUGUCCUCGCCCGGUGCAGCAGCAUUACAGCAGCAGCAACAGCAGCUCCAUACCACCCAGGCCAUUCAUCAGCAUCAGCAGCAGCAGCAGCAGCAGCUAGCAGCAUCACAGCAACACAUCAUAUCGCAACAAUCCCCUACACCGAUCUCGAUGGCAACGACAGCAACGAUCGUGCAACAGCUUGCCAGCCAUAAUGCUCUUCAGCACGCACAGCAGCAGCAACAUCAACAACGUCAGCAGCAACAGUUGCACUCUCCCGUCACCAGUACCAACCCGACCGGUAUCAGUUUUUUAGCUCAUCAUGCCCCGCAGCAGCCCGCCGUACAAACCAUGACACCGGUGUCGACAGCGGCCGUGCUAAGCUCACCGCAACAUCCAGCAGCAGCGACAACACCGCAAGGGUUGAGCAUAUUUCAGCUAAAUCCUCAGCAACAGCAGCAGCAACACCACAGCCCGCAGUCGGUGCUAGGAUGCGGCAACAGUACGAUCCAGCUCACGUCAGAGGCGAGUCCGGUCAUAAGACUUUAUUUAUUUUUAAGUGUAAACUUUCCUUGUAGUGAACGUGUUGUAAAUUUUGUACUAAUGAAUGUAUCGCAUUGUCUCCAAUUACAGAUUAAGGACGGUAUACGCAACAGUAUGAUAAAGGCAGAACCGGGCGUAAGCUAUACCACGAUCCGGCAAGGCAAUCAGCUUCUGACGCGCAUCAAGCUGGAAAACGACGAUGGACAGCUUCAGCAACAGCAGCUCCAACAGCAGCAGUCUCCACAGCCGACGUUUCAAACGCAGCAGCAGCAGCAGCUGCCCAAAGUGAACGUGGUAACAUCGUCGCCGCUCAUUUCCCUUGGUCCCGGCGGUCAAGACAAUCUGGCACGCGUGAUAGAAAGUGUUGCCGGCAACUACUCCACUACCGUCGCUGUGGGUGGUCAGCAGCAGCAACAGCAGCUCGUGCAGCACCAGCAACAGCAGCCACAGCAAUUGAUUCAGCAUGUUCAAACCGCCUCCGGACACCAGAUACGGUACGAGAUGGAUCCGACGGUCAUCCAGCAGCAGCAAGCCACGACACCGCCCCAACAGCAGCACCUGAUAGCACAGCAGCAGCAGCAGCAGCCAAAGUUCAUCAUAACUUCGCGGCCACUGGGCACGACAGCCGCUGGUGCGAAGCUGCCCUUAACCGUGCAAGCGGCCAACGUGAUACCGCACAUGCAGAAUCCUCAGUUCAUCCAAACCCAGGACCAGCAGCUGCAGCUGGCGACCAGUCAGCCCACCGUGCCGACGCUACAGAAACCGAUCCAGCUGCAGAAAAUCAUCAUGGCCACGCCGGCGAUUGGCCAGCAGCAACAAGCGCAACCGAGGCCUCGAUUGCCCCUGCAGCGUACACAGUUUGGUGUGCAAGCAAUUCAACCGCAACAGCAGCAGCAGCAGCAACCACAGCCGCCCUCACAGCAGUUCCAACAGCAGCAGCAACAAGCAGCACCGAAAGCACCGCAACAAAUCGCACCAACACAGUCGCAGCAGCGCUUUCAGCAAAAGUACGUCACCAACCAACUGAUCCGUGGCCAGAACGCGUUUCUCAUGAACAAUGUGCAUCACCUGCAACAACAGCAGCAGCAGCAACAGGUGGCAGCAGCAGCAGCAGCCACUGUCGGCGCGAAUGUGAUCGUUGGUGCAACGGGCAACAGCAGUCGAAGCAAGCGGGCGACUGAAGCCGGCUCCGUCAGUGGAGCUGCUGCUGCCGGCAAUGGCACUGCCACGGGCAAUGGGAGCGCAAGCAGUGGUAGCAGCGGUAGCUCUGGCGGAUCAUCGUCUGGCGGCAGCAAGCGUGGUGGACGGUCGAGCAGCUCCCGGUUGCCGCCCGGUGCGGUAAAUCUCGAACGAAGCUACCAGAUCUGCCAGGCGGUGAUACAAAACAGCCCGAACAGGCACCAGCUGAAGGCACAGCUCAAGUCACCGCAGGCGUUCCUGGCCGCGUCGAACUCCAACUCGAACAGCAGCAUCAGCAGCAUCGGUAGUACGGGCAGCAGCAGCAGCAGCAGUAGCAGCAGCAGCAGCAGUGGCGUGUCUGCGAGCAGUAUUAUCGGCAACAAUACCAAAGAGGAUGCUAACAGCGGCAGCAACAGCAGCGGUGGCGGCAGUAACAGUGCCUUUGGUGGUGUGCUGGGCUUUGGAGGAAACAAGGUAAAGGUCUCGCGUCUGGUCAACUCAAAGCGUACCGUAUCGGCAGCAGCCCGGCAGCCGUCGCCCAUCGUAGUGCGUCAGGCGUAUGCGGGUGGAGCCGCCGGUGCUGCCACACCACCGUCAGUGGUGAAUGCUUCUGCCGCAGCCGGCCCCGCAAAUCAGUCAAAUCCAAUCAGUAUUAUCGCAACCCCACAAUCGCAGCAGCAGCAACAGCAACAGCAACUCCAUACGAUCGGCGAGCCGCUUCAGCAGCACGGUCAACAGAUCAUAAGCGUGAGCGCUGCACCGACGAUCGUGCACGCAACUGCUGCUGCGAGCAACAAUAAUGGGACGGUCGGUGGUAACGACAAUGUUGGUGUAACUGCAGCAGCUGGCGCGACCCCUACCGUUGCAGCAGCAGCUGCGGGAACCUUUGGUGGCAAGUAUGUGCUAGUACAGCGUGCGGCACACAUCGGGGACAUCGUAACGCCGCGGGCGGCUAGCGCACCACCGACACACAAUCAGAUACAAAUUCACCAUGUUCCUGUAUCACCGCAUGCACAUCAACAGCAGCAGCAACAGCAGCAAUUGCACCAGCAAAUGUCCGCUGUGCAGCAGCAACAGCUAUCGCAGCAGGUGGUGCAACAUCAACUGCAGCAACAACAGCAACAUCAGUUCCAGCAGCAGCAGGGGCAAUUGCAACAGAUAGCGGCCGGCGCGAAUGCCGUGACACCCGCCAGCCUACAGGCGGCGAUCACCCGCCGAAUACCGUCCACCCACGUGAUCACCUACGGUCAGGAUGACAGCGGCGGCACCGAAGCCGAAGACGGAACGGGCACGAAUAAUGCGAUCGUCUACAUGGAUAGCCCGAACGCAUUGAUCGGUGGAUUGCAACAUCAGCAGCAGCAGCAGCAGCAGCAGCAGCAGGAACAAGCGUUUCUGGACGGUUGCGGCAAUGGUCCCGGAGGGGCAAAUAGCAUUGUCGUCAUGAACGGUGGAGAUACAAUGGAGCCACCGGCUGGUGUAAAUGAAAUGAUGGAUGCUUCCCACUCAUCAGCCAGCGAUGGGGCUUCGGCAGGUAUGCUAGUGUCUCCGUCGGACAUUUCGCCUCACUUCAACAAUCAAAUGAUCGUCGCCGGCCAUAUGGAGCUGCUGGACAGUGGAUACAUCAACAACGAUGCAGGUAAUCAUGUCGAAGCAAUCGAACCGCAGCAGCAGCAGCAGCAGCAACAGGAGCCGAUUUCCAGCACGGAACACGAUAUCGACACACUGAACUGCUGUUCCUCGCCGGCAGCGCUCGUGGAUGGUGGCGGUGGCAACGCAGCUGACAAUGGCGGCGGUGAAGAUCGGGACGGUAUGGGGGAACGGAACGACGGGGCCGGGGAGGACUGUUCCUGUUCUCUCAAUGCGAUGGUGAUCUGUCAGCAGUGUGGUGCCUUCUGCCACGAUGACUGCGUCAGUGCAACGAAGCUAUGUGUAUCGUGUGUAGUACGCUAGGGAACCAUUUCCUCUUCUUUCUUUUUUGCACCAUUUUGUCUUCGUGGCAUGGCUGGAUUGGAUACCGUCUUCCGAGGCAGGAAAGACAUAUUAUUAUGGUUCUAUUUUUUCGUUCUCCGUUUGGACCUUUUUGUUUGCACUAUAACGUGCGUUUCUAAUUUGAAUCUGUGUAUAGGCAGAGUUUUGUUUUUGGUACAGACAAUUGAAAUUUGGUUCAAGUUUUCUUACCAUAAGUUUAUUUAAUUUUACUGCUUCCGUACAAACGGGGUCGUGACGGCACCAAAACAAAUUUUGAGUGGUCGAAACAGCUCGUACUUUUUUUUUUUUUUUUACAAAUUAUACAAUGAAUUGAAUGAAAUUUGUCGUUUUCCAACAUUUGAUUUGGAAUGAACUAUGAAUCUUUUUUUUUUGUACACGGUUAAUAGAUCGUACCAGGGUGUGAAGAGUGCAGAGAAAUUGCCGAUGGUUCGGAAAUUGGACUAGAAAACAUUUAUGGAAUACACAUAUUUAGGCUAACGUCGUGUCCGUCAGAUGAUAAUUAACAUUCCCAGUCACGAAAGCAAGCAAAGAUUUCGCUGCAAUGCGCGCGGUUCUUGUACAUUUCUUCUCACUAGAGGGUUUAGCUUUCGGCGCGAGUACGUACGUGUGCAGUACGCGUACGGGCGCAACGGAUGCAUGUAUGAAUUUCAAAGAUUAUACGAAGCUAAUUCAAAGAGGGACUUGCGUUGUGUUUAAUUCUUUCGUAAUGUAUUUAUUGUUCUACCUUGUAUUGUGUACAUUUAGUUAUGGUCGUUUGUUCGCGUAGGGAAAAACGCAUUUUAUCGUAAUGUGUAGCGUAACUUUUCUACAGAAAACUGGCACUUUUUGACUGGCUGAUAAUGUGAUCUAACAGGGAAACGCGCCCCGCACGUGAAGGGGUGGGGUAAGGGGAAGAUGAUACACUAUGAUCGUUGAUAAAUCUCUCAGUUACUGUUUUUUGCAAAGUUAAUGCCACCUCCACCACCAAACUUGUUCCCCUUCUCCCACAACCAACCAACCUACCACCACUCCCAUCCAUCACCCCUCACACUUGUAUGAUAGUAGGAAAAUUGUGUUUCCAUGUACAUUUAUAUCUCGAUUGAGCAACACACACAAACAAACAAACAAACAACACCCUCACAUCAUGAAUCUUUCGAGUUGGUGAGAAAAGGGUCGAGGUACGUUUGCGGGCGAUAAAGCGUUUGUUUAGCAUAAAAUUAAGGCUACGAUUAUUGUGGUGCGAAGAUCCACAGAAAGACAAGCAACAUGAAGAAGCAAAGGCCGGGGAAAAAUAAAGAAAAGGUAACAAAAAAAAAAGAACAGCUGUGUUACACAGUAGUUGACAAAAAGAGAAGUCGUGUAUGAAAAAAAAACAAAAAACAAACGAAGAAUUGAGCUCGCACUGUGCACAAAGAACUAGAAAUGGCAUUAAAGACACAAAGCGAAAGGAAGGAAGGAAGGAAGUGCUUGAUGCAAAUGGGUUAAGUAAACAAGUAAUGUAAUUUAUUAUCACUAAACACUAAACGGUUCAACGCAACAAAACAGAAGCAAACAAACACAAGCAAAACACGGAACAGCAAACCAACCGACACAAUAUAAAAGGGUGUUUGCGUAGGAAGAAAACACUCCUGUUAGUAACUGGUACAGAAAAGAAGAGGAUGAAUUGUGACUCAGUGAACCUCUAACACAAGCAAAAAGAAAGUGAAAAAAUAGAGCAAAAAAAACACAGAGAAAACGAGUGUGAUGCUACAUUUGUGGUAGCAAUAAAGAACGAGAUUGACAAAGAAAUUAUGUAAAAAAGAAA